CCAUCAUCAUCCUAGCGUGGCGAUCAUCUCGAUCUGGGAAAGCAUCAUCAUCAUCCGGCUGCGAACGCAUACUGGCAUCCAUCCACUGUAUCUGUCCGACGUUGGUGCAAUGUGAAUACAGCGGCUCCCGUUUCGUAGGCGUUUUCGCAGCAGUUGGCACUGCGCGACGAGGUCGAUGCAACUGUGGGGCAAACGGUCGCCACCGGCGACGGGCCUGCCCGACGUCGCCGCGACCUACCGCGUGCGCAUCUCGGCGACCCGCGAGACCCGCAAGAGCCUCGCGACCUACACGCUCUACCACAUCAGCGUCUCUUGCCUCGUCAGUCGCGAGUGGCGCAUCAUCCAGCGGCGGUACUCGGACUUCUUCGCACUGCGCGACGCGCUCGCCGACCUCCAGCGCCGCGCGUUUGGCGCGCCGUGGGCGGCCGCGCUGAGUCCGAUCGUCGACGGCCCGUUCCCGGCGAAGCGGUACUUCCGCGACACGCGGUCGAUCGUUCGUGAACGCAUGCGACUCUUCAAGUCCUUUGUCGGGCAACUGCUUCGCUUUCGUCAUCACUACCUCGCACUCUUGCAGCGACAUGUCCAUGCAGCCAAGUCGCCGCUGUUCGUGGAGCUCCUGCGCCUGCUCCAUGGCUUUCUCGAGCUGCGCCUGCACAAGCUGCUCCAUGGGCCGCAGCUCGCGCGCACCGACGAGACCGCCUGUGCCAUUUGCCUCGCCGGGCGCCGUCGCCAAUGGCUUCGGCUAUCGCCAUGCCAGCAUGCGUUCCAUGCGUCGUGCGCCAUUGACUGGCUGCUCCGCAAGCCGACCUGUCCAGUCUGUCGCACCGGCGCCAGCGCAGGCGUCCUUAUCGCAUAAUGCGUCAACCGUCGACGAUGCACUUUACUAAGUCUGCUUGCGAGAUGCCACCGAGAACAAACUCGUUGAAGAAACGCAGGGGCAGCUGGGCGCGCGUAAUUCGCUCAGAUAGUACAUGGCGUCCAUCUGAGCGUCG